AGCUCUGGGAGCCGAGGCCGAGGCCGAGCGCGGCGGGGCCAUGGAGCGCGCGGCCGGGAGCCGCCGCCGCCACUGCCCGCGCCCCCUCCGCUAGUCCCGCGCCGCCGCCGCAGCACGCCCGCAGCCCUCCCUCCCCCGCCGCCUCCUCUAUGCGGCGGGGCUGGCGGAGCGUCAGGCCUCGCUCCCCCGCGAGCCUGCCCUCGGCCCGUUGAGCCCGGAGCGCCGGUUACACAGCGUUUUUGGGACACACCUCUGUUGGAUUUUAAUCUAUGUCCUGCUAAGAACAGCUUUCAGCUAUGGAAUCGACUGUUGAUGAUGAGGCGAUGGCAGCAUAAAUGAAGAUCAAGUAAGGAAGGCAGAACGAUGCCCAAGGGUGGGUGUUCUAAAACACCACAGCCAGAAGAUUUCUCUCUCAGCAACGACAUGGUGGAGAAACAAACGGGGAAAAAGGAUAAAGAUAAAGUUUCUCUAACCAAGACUCCGAAGUUGGACCGGAGCGAUGGCGGCAAAGAGGUGAAAGAGCGAGCGACCAAGCGGAAGCUGCCUUUCACUGUCGGAACAAAUGGAGAUCAAAAAGACUCGGAUACAGAAAAGCAGGGUCCCGAGCGGAAGAGGAUUAAAAAGGAGCCCGCCACCAGGAAGCCCGGUUUGCUCUUCGGGAUGGGCCUGUCGGGGAUCCGCGCCGGCUACCCGCUGUCCGAGCGCCAGCAGGUCGCUCUCCUCAUGCAGAUGACAGCAGAAGAGUCUGCAAACAGCCCAGUUGACACAACACCAAAGCAUCCCUCUCAGUCUACAGUUUGUCAGAAGGGAACUCCUAACUCUGCCUCCAAAACCAAAGAUAAAGUAAAUAAGAGAAACGAGCGAGGAGAGACUCGGCUGCAUCGAGCUGCCAUCCGAGGAGAUGCCCGGCGCAUCAAGGAGCUCAUCAUCGAGGGUGCAGACGUCAAUGUGAAAGACUUUGCAGGCUGGACGGCGCUGCACGAGGCAUGCAACCGGGGUUACUACGACGUGGCAAAGCAGCUGCUGGCUGCGGGCGCCGAGGUCAACACGAAGGGCUUGGACGACGACACCCCCCUGCACGACGCAGCCAACAACGGCCACUUCAAGGUGGUGAAGUUGUUGUUACAUUAUGGAGGGAAUCCUCAUCAAAGCAACAGGAAGGGCGAGACGCCUCUGAAAGUAGCUAAUUCUCCCACCAUGGUGAAUCUGCUCCUGGGGAAGACCACGUACCCCUCCAGCGAAGAGAGCUCAACAGAGACCUCAGAAGAGGAGGACGCCCCUUCCUUCGCUCCCUCCAGCUCCGUUGAUGGCAAUAACACGGACUCAGAGUUUGAGAAGGGUUUGAAACACAAGCCCAAGGCCCAGGAGCCCCCCAAAACCAUCACCCCAGUGAAGGACGAGUAUGAAUUUGAUGAGGACGACGAGCAGGACCGGGUCCCGCCAGUCGACGACAAACAUUUGCUGAAAAAGGAUUACAGAAAAGAGACUAAAGCAAACAGUUUCAUUUCCAUACCCAAAAUGGAAGUGAAAACUUAUACUAAAAAUAACACAAUUACACCAAAGAAAGCUGCCCACCGCAUCCUGUCGGACAGCUCGGACGAGGAGGAGACCGGCGUUGCUGUGGGCACGGGGGAGAAGCUGCGCCUGUCCAGCCACUCCAUCCUGCCCAGCAGCAAGAUCCGGGAGCCCGCCAGCACCAAGCCCCAGAAAGAGAAAAGCAAAGUAAAAAAGAAGCGGAAGAAGGAGGCGAAAAGCAAAGAGGUUCGGUUUGGCAAAAAAAAUGACAAGUUUUGUUCCUCUGAAUCAGAGAGUGAAAACGUGGAGAGUGAGGAGGAUGAUAGAGACUCUCUUCAGAGCUCUAGCUGUGUAAAGGACUCCAGGCUAGUGCUAAAGGAAUCCUCCUUGUUUAACUCUCUGUCUGCCUCAUCGACCUCUUCUCACGGGAGUUUAGCGUCCCAGAAACAUAACCCCAGUCUCACAGAACAGCACUCCAAGCACUGGAGGACGGACAAUUGGAAAACCAUCUCCUCUCCGGCUUGGUCGGACGUCAGUUCCUUAUCGGACUCCACCAGGACGAGGCUGACGAGCGAGUCAGACUAUUCGUCCGAGGACUCGAGCUUAGAGUCGCUAAAGCCAGUCAGGAAGAAACCAGAGCACAAAAAGAAAAACACCUCACACAACGCUGUUUCUGAGAAAAAGAAUUCAUUCCAUAGCAACGUGGAUGGAGCGAUUCCAAAGCUGGACAAGGAGGGGAAGGUCGUGAAAAAGCAUAAAACGAAACACAAACAUAAAAACAAGGAGAAGGGGCAGUGUCCCGUCAGCCAAGACAUCAAAGUAAUCAAAACGUUUCCCUUUGAGUUUGAGGACUCUAAACAAAAGCCUGAGAAAGGCUUGAUAGUAGAGACAGAAAAUCCAGUCGAAAACAAGUUGAAGGUGUUAAAGCACGAGCGAGAACACGGUAAGAAGGAGGAAAAGCUCCCCAAAGGCAAAGGGGAGGAGAAGGAGUGGUUGUUUAAAGAUGAGACUGGGAAAUCCUCGAAAGAGGAGAAAUCUUUGAGAAAGGUCAAAGAUGGCAGUAAAGACAUGAGCAAAUCCUUCAGAGAAGGAUUGAGCAAAUCAGAAAAAGAGAAACCCGCCAAGGAGAAGUCUCCCAAAGAGGAGAAGCCGAGAAUACACAAGGAGGAGAGGAAGAAGAAGUCAAAGGACAAGCAGUCAAAGUCCGAGAAGAAGAACGAGCUGAAGGAGGAGAAGAUCUCCAAACUGGAGAAGGAGAAAUCCUUCAAGGAGGAGAAAGAGAAAUGCAAAAAGGAAAAACUGUACCGGGACGAGUCUGGGUUUGAUGAGUUCAAUAACAAAACCCAGUUCCCCGAAAGCGAGGACACAAAGUUCAGCCUCUCGGAUGAUCAGCAAGAGAGGUGGUUUUCAGACCUGUCUUCUGACUCGUCCUUCGAUUUCAAAGGUGAAGAUAGCUGGGAUUCUCCAGUGACUGACUUCAGGGAGAUGAAGAACGACACCGUGGCCAAACUGAUCAUAGAACCCGUGAAAGAGGAAGUUAAAGACAAGAAAAAGGAAAAUAAAGCGAAGGAGAAGAAGGAAUACAACGAGAAACGGACCGAAAAGGACACUUUCUUAAAGAAGAAAGAGAGGGACUACGUGGAGAAAAGCUCCGAGAAGAAAAAGGACCAAACGGACAGGCACAAAGUGACUCCUGGUUAUUUGCCUGAAAAGGAUAAGAAAAGGAAGGACUCUGCAGAGAGCGUCAAGGAGAGGAAAGAAAAAGAUACGGGCGAGAGCAACAAAGACAGAAAGGAUUCCUCUGAGGGCUCCAAAGAGCGAAAAGAUGCCAAGACGAAGCAGGAGGAGCCCUACCGAGACGACUUCAAAGAGUACGGCUGCGAAACGUUCUUCAAGGAUAAGCCUGAGCCCGAGUUCAGUGGCAAAAGCCUGGAGAGCUGGGAGAGGCACCACUCCGGGAAGGAGAAGGAGAAGAAGGAUGCUUCCGACAAAGAAAAAAAGGAAAAGGUGAAGCCGGAAAAGUACAAGGAAAAAUCCAAAGAGGGUGACAAGGAGAAGAGCGAAAAGGCUGCUCCUGAGAAAAUGCUGAAGGACAAAGAUCUGGACAAGAGCUUCAAAGAGAAGAAGGAAGCUAAAGAGAAGUACAAAGAGCCGCACGGCAAAGACAAAGAGAGGAAGAGUUCCUUCGACCAGGUGAAAGAGAAGAAAGAGAAAAGCUUCUCCGUGGAUCGAGAGGACUUCUCCGAGAAGAAGGAGGAGAAGAAGGGGAAGGAGAAGAGCUGGUACAGCAUCGCUGACAUCUUCACGGACGAGAGCGAGGACGAGAGGGACGACUACAGCCUGGCCGGGUUCAAAGUGGGCGACUCGGCGGGGAGCGAGAUGCACCGUCUGGACAGUCUGCAGGAGAAGGACGACGGCGCGGCCGCUGAGAAGGAGCCGUACCCCGACAAGCACCGCAAGUACUCCUCCGACCGGCAGCACUCGGGGGAGAAGCAGAAGGAGAAGGAUUCCAAGGAGAAGAAGAAGGACAAGGGAACAUCGGACGGCGGGAAGGAGAAGAAGGACAAGAGCUCCUUUGAAAAACACAAAGAGAAGAAGGAUAAAGACUCCAGCGAGAAGUACAAGGACAGGAAGGACAGGACGUCCAUAGAUUCCACUCAAGAGAAGAAAAACAAGCAAAAGCUCCCGGAAAAGGUCGAAAAGAAACACGCCAGUGACGACAAGGUGAAAAGCAAACAUAAGGAGAAGCCAGAUAAAGAGCAUUCCAAAGAGAAGAAGUCGUCGAAAGGAGGGGAGUCGGAGAAGAGCCUGCUGGAGAAGUUGGAGGAGGAGGCUCUGAACGACUACAGAGACGACUCCAAUGACAAAAUCAGCGAGAUCUCUUCCGACAGCUUCACAGACCGAGGGCAAGAGCCGGGACUCACCAGCCUCUUCGAGUCUUCUAACCUCUCCCUUGCCGACGCCGCCGAAGAGAAGUUUAAGGACUCUCUCCCUUUACCCUGCCUGCAGGACAAACUCAAGGAGAAGGAGAGACACAGACAUUCCUCAUCUUCGUCCAAGAAGAGUCACGAGAAGGAAAAAGCCAAGAAGGAGAAGACAGAGAAAAAGGACAAAACAGAAGAAUUCAAAGACUCCAGCGGCAGAAAGGAUUCCACUCACUAUGAAAAGGAUUUCUCCGUGGAUGGGGAGGCUUUCGGCGCGUCCUUCGUGAAGGCAGAGCCUGACGAGGAGCCGGAGAAGAACAUCGAUUACUUGUUUUCUGAGAAGAAGGAUAAAAACGACUCUGAAAGAGAACUGUCAAAGAAGGCAGAGAAGGAGAAGAGCUACAGCUCCAGCGCCGUCAACACAGCUAAAGAGAAGAAGAAGCGCGAUAAACACAAGGAGAAGUGGAAGGAGGAAAAGGAAAAGCACAGAGACAAACACGCAGACGGUUUCUUCAAACAUCACAAAGACGAGCCAAAGUCAAUGCUUAAAGACAAGGACAGUCCUCAGGUCACCGCCUUUAAGGACAAAUCAAAGGAGGACAACCUCAAGUUCGGCGAGAGCAAGCUGAAGGAGAAGCUCAAGGAGAACCAGGAGAAAGAGAAAUCGGAGUCGAUAAAAAUAAGCAACGGGAAUGAGAAAAUCACCCUUUCCAAAGACAGCGGCAAGAAGGACGCCAGGCCGAGGGAGAAGCUGCUGGGAGAUGGGGACUUGAUGAUGACCAGCUUCGAGAGGAUGCUGAGCCAGAAGGACCUGGAGAUCGAGGAGCGCCACAAAAGGCACAAAGAGAGAAUGAAGCAGAUGGAGAAAAUGAGGCACCGGUCCGGAGAUCCCAAGUUAAAGGACAAGCUUAAAAGCUCGGAGGACGUGCGCAAGAGGAGUCUGGAUCUGGCGGCGAAGAAGCCGUUGGUGCUGGAUACUCAGCUCAAGGACAAGAAGCUGAAAGAGCUGGGCCCGCUGACUCCCAUCCUGUCGCCGGAGAACAAGGCCCAGCCUGCUGUCGGCACGGACUCCAAGGACUGGAUAACGGGUCCCCAGCUGAAGGAGAUCCUGCCGGCCUCCCCCAGGCCGGACCAGAACCGGCCCACAGGGGUCCCGACGCCGGCCUCCGUCGUCUCUUGCCCCAGCUACGAGGAGGUGAUGCAGACGCCCAGGACUCCCUCGUGCAGCAACGAAGACUACACGGACCUGAUGUUCGAGUGCGCGGACUCGCAGCACUCGCUGCCCAUCUCCACCAUGUCCAUGAACGCCUGCUCCCCCUCCUUCUUCGACAGAUACGCCAACGUCUCCGGCGGGCUCCCCGAGAACCCGAGCCAGACCCCCACUCGGACCAUCCCCUCCACCAACCUCUACCGUUCCAUCUCGGUGGAUAUCAGAAGGGCACCCGAAGAGGAAUUCAGCGUCGGAGAGAAGUUUUUCAGGCAGCAAAGCGUCCCGGCCACGUCAAAUUACGACUCCCCCGUGCAGCAUUUAAUGGAGGAGAAGGUUCCCAUUCCUUCUGUUCCCACGGAGAAGUUCCAGUGCUUAUCCCCUGGGUAUUACUCGCCCGAUUACGGGGUCUCGUCGCCCAAGGUGGAAGCUUUGCACUGCGCUCCAGGGGCCGUCAGCGGGGUCACGCAGUCGCCCGAAAGUGUCUUUUCUGGUUUACAAGCCAAAUCCUCCCCGUCGCACAGAGACGAGUUGCUGGCUCCUUCGGUGGAAAGUGCUCUUCCCCCCGACCUUGGCAUGCCCCUGGACACCACGGAAGAGCAGCAAGCCACCGCCUCCAUCAUGCCGCCGGAACCCACCUACUUAGCGCCCAUUGAGGAAAACCAUUUCGGUUCGGGCAUGCCAGAGCAAGCCAGCGUGGACUGGGAUAACCCUCCUCCCAGGAACCCCGAGGCCGCUGUGCCUGCCAGCCUGAUGGGUAACCCAGCAGAGCACGCUGUCAGCUGGGCCGUGGGCUCAGAGCUUCUGAUGAAGUCUCCCCAGAGGUUUUCCGAGUCCCCCAAACCUCCGCUCUGUUCCCUAGAGCCCAUUCACCCUACACCAGUAGCCUUCAUUCCCACAGAUACUUCCUACCCCGUCUCUCCCAUAUCUUACCCUCUGACGGUGUCCGAACCGGGGCUGGACGAGGUCAAGGAGGAUGCUGAGGAAGCGGUUCCAGGAGAAAUGGCCAGUGCCGAAGAGCAGACUCCAUACAUGUCCCCUACUAGGUUAGACACCUUCUUCACUAACUGCAAACCUCUCCCAGAAGAAGCCCCUGAGAUACCUCCAGAGCCCCCUUGUAUGCCAGCAGAACCUCAGGCAGAAGUCGUCAGCGCCACAGAAAGCAGCUACUUGGAGAACAACGGCGCUGCGCCCGCGAGCACGGACGAGGCCGUGACGUGGCCCGAUCCCUUCACCAACACGGAAGAUGACCUGGACCUCGGCCCCUUCUCGCUGCCGGAGCUGCCGCUCCAACCCAAGGACGUGGCAGAGGCCGAGGUGACGGAGGCGGAGGCUCCGGAGGAAAGCGCGGCGGCGGCGGCUUCGGAGCCGAGCGCCGGGGUCCUGAAGGCGAGCGCAGCUGCCGUGGCAGCGGCAGAGGCGGAGGAGCCGCCGGGCAGCCAGGCAGCCGCUGCCCUGCCCGCGGAGACCGAGCCGCAGGCCGAGGAGCAGAAACCAGAAGCGGCCGCUCAAGAGGCCGCCUCGGAAGCGCCGAACGUGGCGGAGGAGAAGGGAGCGGAGGACGCGGAGGCGCAGCUUGUCCAGCAGGCCCCGUCCGAGCCCGCUCAGCCUGAGAGCAGAGAGGUGGAGGCCGUGCACGAAGAGCCGCCUGCUGCCGCGGCGGCCGAGAGCGGCCCCCAGAGCUGCCCACAGCCCGCGGCCGCCGAGGGCGGCGCUUCGCCAGACGGUGCCGCGGCGCGUGCCGGGACCCAGCCCGCGGCCUCCCAGGCCGACGCGCCCCCGGCCAACGCUCAGGCAGAAAUCGUCGAACCGGUACAAAAGCCAGUAGCAGAAGCUCCCAAACCGCCCAAAAUAGAAGAGAUUCCUCAGCGGAUUACCAGGAACCGGGCUCAGAUGCUGGCCAACCAAAACAAGCAGAACGCUGCCGCCUCUGAGAAGGAGUUUCCCGCGGCGCCGGCGCCCGCCACGCGUGCCAAGGGCCGCAUCACUGAGGAGGACGAUUCCCAGGCUCAGCACCCGCGCAAGCGCCGCUUCCAGCGCUCCAACCAGCAGCUGCAGCAGCAGAUCAACACGUCCACCCAGCAGACGAGGGAGAUGAUACAGCAAACCCUGGCAGCUAUCGUAGACGCCAUAAAACUGGACGACAUCGAACCUUACCACAGCGACAGGUCCAACCCCUACUUUGAGUACCUCCAGAUCAGGAAAAAGAUCGAAGAGAAGCGGAAAAUCCUCUGCUACAUCACCCCCCAGGCUCCGCAGUGCUACGCCGAAUACGUCACCUACACGGGCUCCUACCUGCUGGAUGGCAAGCCUCUGAGCAAGCUCCAUAUCCCAGUGAUCGCGCCGCCGCCGUCGCUCGCGGAGCCUCUGAAGGAGCUCUUCAAGCAGCAGGAAGCCGUCCGGGGGAAGCUGCGGCUCCAGCACAGCAUCGAGCGGGAGAAGCUGAUCGUCUCCUGCGAGCAGGAGAUCCUGAGAGUUCACUGUCGGGCAGCAAGGACUAUUGCCAACCAGGCUGUGCCCUUCAGUGCCUGCACCAUGCUGCUGGACUCCGAGGUCUAUAACAUGCCUCUAGAAAAUCAGGGAGAUGAAAACAAAUCGGUCAGGGACCGUUUCAACGCGCGACAGUUCAUUUCCUGGCUGCAGGACGUGGAUGACAAGUACGAUCGGAUGAAGACGUGCCUGCUCAUGCGACAGCAGCACGAAGCCGCCGCCUUGAACGCGGUGCAAAGGAUGGAGUGGCAGCUGAAGGUGCAGGAGCUGGACCCCGCGGGGCACAAAUCCCUCUGCGUGAACGAGGUGCCCUCGUUCUAUGUGCCAAUGGUCGACGUGAACGAUGACUUUGUGCUCUUGCCGGCAUGACAGUUCCAAACCAGGAGACAUCACUGAAAACUGGCAAGGACGGGAGCCCUCCGAGGUCGGGCGGUCGAGCUCACAUUCACCCUUACCGCUUGCUGAUGAAUCCCUGGUCAGAGGAGGAGGAAGCAGCUAUCGGCAGAGAAACAAAACAAUAAGAAAAAUAAAUACUUGCACUUUCUUCACGAGGCGUCCCUGGCUCCCGGCCCGACCGCAGCUCCCGGCCAGCGCGGCCGCCGCGCUUCCCCUGCCCAGGCGGGGAGGCAGCCAGCACCCGCCGGCCCAGAGACUGGCACAGGCGUGGAGGGAGGAGGCCAAGGACACCGAGUUGUGCGUGUUGCAGAAGCUGCUGAGCGGGGCCAGCAACCCACGUGAUUCAUGUACUUGUGAACACACCGUGAUUUCCAGCUCUGUUUCCCACCGGUCGCGGAUCUCCCCCGCCCCCACCCCCGGGGAGAAGCUGCAGUAGGAAAGCGUGGCGGGGUGGGCAGGGGAGGGCGGGAGGGG